AUGAGCAAGCGCUUUGACGUGAUCGUGUACGGGGCCACGGGCUUCACGGGCUCGCUGGUGGCGCGCUACCUGGCGGCCGAGCCGGAGUCGGCGCUGGGCAGCGCGUCGGCGCUCAAGUGGGCGGUGGCAGCUCGCAACGAGGCCAAGCUGCAGCAGCUGAAGGAGCAGCUCAAGGCCAAGCUCCCCGAGGUGGCGUCCGAGCUGCUGGACGCGCUGCCCACUGUGGUGGCGGACAGCGGCGACGAGCAGUCGCUGGUGCAGAUGGUGCAGCAGACCAAGGUGGUGGUGUCGCUCGUGGGGCCCUACAAGCUCUACGGCGAGCUGCUGGUCAAGGCGUGCGCCGAGCACGGCGUGCACUACUGCGACCUGACGGGCGAGAUCGUGUGGAUCGAGGAGAUGACGCGCAAGUACGCGGCCGCGGCGGCCAAGUCGGGCGCCGUGCUGGUGAACUGCUGCGGCUUCGAGAGCAUCCCGUCGGACAUGACGACGUUCCUGGUGGCCGACCGCAUCCAGAGCAAGUUGAACUCGGCCACGAGCGCCGUGGACUUGUACUUCACGGACCUCAAGGGCGAGGCGAGCGGUGGCACGAUGGCCUCGGUGUUCGCGAUGAUGGAGACCUGCACCAGCAAGCAGCUGUUGGCCUCGCGCAACCCGUUCUUCCUCACGGACGAGAAGACGCGUGCCGAGAAGCAGGCGGCCAACCUCGUCGGGCCCAACACGAGCGGCGUCGCUGUACGCUAUGACAAGGUCAUGGGCUUCUGGCACUCGCUGUUCAUCGGCGGCUCUGUGAACCAGGCCGUCGUGCACCGCAGCAACCACCGCCUGCAAGACAAGUACGGCAGCAAGUUCGUGUACCGCGAGCGCAUGGCCAUCGGCGGCCUGUUCAUGCAGCUUCUGGCCACGUUCGGCACGAUCGUGGCGAGCACAAUGCUGUACUUCAGCUGGACGCGCGCGCUGGUCAAGCGGUUGUCGCCUGCCCCCGGCCAGGGGCCCUCGGAGGAGUCCAUGCUGAAGGGCUACUUCAUCGCCGAGGCCGCGGGCUACUCGGACGACGGCAAGCUGGCCGUCAAGGCCAAGACGGUGGGCUCGGGCGACCCGGGCUACCGCCUCACGUCGCGCCUCAUCUCGGAGUGCGCGUUCUGCCUGACCAAGGGCGAGUUCGGCGACGCGUCGAGUCUCCCAGGUGGCUUCUACACGCCGGCCAGCGCCUUCGGCCACAAGCUGGCGGACCGCCUGCAGACCAAGAAGUUCAUCACGUUCGAGCUCAAGGACAUGGCCUAGGCCAGCGGCGUCGUAGCUCCGUUAGCUCUAGUAGUCUCUCAUUUAGCGUAGUUGAAGGGGUCGGAUCAGCGGAUCUAAUCCCCGGAAGGUCUCGUCCGAAGGGACGGAUGCCAACCAACUCAACACAACCGCGGAUCUUUGGU